ACGAUUCAUCAAAGCUGAUCGAUCAGGUUUGUUUAACAAGCUAAUGAAGCAUCAUGCAUGCACUCUAUUUUAGAAGUUAGAACCAAGACUGAAUAAAGCAACACAUAUGCAUGAAUGCAUCAGUACGUAACAUAUGGCCUCCCAGGCAGACAACCACAUAUCAUAGGUCACACGAUAACAUGAAGAUGGUACUUCUAGCCAUUAAAGAAGAAAAUGCAUGUUUGUGAGUUGUGACCCGCACGUGCAACCAGCAGCCUUAGCUUCAGAAACAAAGACCUUCCUCCCUCGUCGAUCUGUGUGAGUUGUUUUGUGUGAGUGAAGCAGAAAUCCACCCAAACGAUCAAGGCAUGCGGUCAACAAGAGAGAGAGAGAGAGAGAGAGAGAGAGAGAGAUGAGGUUGACCAGGUGUUUUGUGGGUGAGCUACCGGCCAAGGUCUCACACGCUCAAUGGCGUUGAAUUCUUUAAUGAACUCAUGCACCUUCGAUGCUUCUUCACCAUGGCUGGCACCCCAUGCACUUGCAACUCAUCCCUUAAAUUCCUUAUAUAAACAAUGCAAGUAUAGGUAACCUGCAUCCCACACUAAACAAUACUAAAGACAACCCAAGAAAAUUGUUAUCCAUCUAUUUAUUUUUCCACAACCCCCUGAUUAGUACCCAAAUCAAAGAGAAAAAUACCAGCUUUCUCGGCCUUUUAGCUUGCUACUGAUCAUCAGGCUCUACUUCAACUAGAAGUAAUCAAUUAUUCUUGGUUACUUUCACUACUCUCGAUCAGUUCCAAAAAGUACUACCUACUCGAAGAUGGGUCGAAUUCCAUGCUGUGAGAAAGACAAUGUGAAGAGGGGACAGUGGACUCCUGAAGAAGAUAACAAGCUCUCUUCCUACAUUGCCCAGCACGGCACUCGCAACUGGCGUCUCAUUCCAAAGAAUGCCGGUUUGCAAAGAUGUGGGAAGAGUUGUAGGCUACGUUGGACCAACUACCUAAGGCCUGACCUCAAGCAUGGGCAGUUCUCAGACGCAGAAGAGCAAACCAUUGUUAAGCUCCACUCUGUUGUUGGCAAUCGAUGGUCCUUGAUCGCUGCACAACUUCCGGGUCGCACUGACAAUGAUGUGAAAAACCACUGGAACACAAAGCUGAAGAAGAAGCUGUCAGGCAUGGGGAUAGAUCCAGUCACCCACAAACCCUUUUCCCACCUCAUGGCCGAAAUUGCAACCACUCUAGCACCGCCAAACGUGGCUAACCUUGCAGAAGCAGCACUUGGUUGCUUCAAGGAUGAAAUGCUUCACCUCCUCACAAAGAAGCCAAUAGACUUCCAGUUCCAACAUUCUAACACAACCGGGAACCGCACAGCCACUUAUGUCAACAGUAAGCAAGAAGAAAGAGAUGACACAAUUGAGAAGAUCAAGAUUGGUCUAUCGAGGGCUAUGCAAGAACCAGACAUGUUACAUUCACAAAAAUCAUGGGAUCCUACGGGAGCAACAUCGGCAAACCUCACAGGUAACUGCAGUGCUUACCCCUUGCGUUCUAUGUCUGGAUUUGACUACGGGCUAACAACCUUCGGAAAUGAAGAGGGCGGUUCACCCUGGAGCCAGAGCAUGUGUGCGGGAAGCACAUGCACAGGGGCAGACCAGCAAGGUGAUUUGCAUGGCAAACUUGAUGAAGAAAUGGGAGAGGUGUCUGAGGGCGCAAAGGAGAUGAGAAAUGGAUCUAACAUAUUCAACUCAGAUAGCAUCUUGUGGGAUUUACCAUCUGAGGAUCUAAUGAAUCCAAUAGUCUAAUACAAAUUAUAUAAUUGU